AUGGAUAGGUCUCUCCGUUUAUACGAAUCAAAGAACGAAAUUGACCAUCGUGAGGAGUUGUUGAAAAGUCUUCAAAGUAUUCUGCGAGAAUGUGUGAAGAAAAUUCUCACGGCGAAAAAUUUGUACAGCAACCAGGAGCCCGAGGAACUGGCAAGUCUCUAUACGUUUGGUUCAUUCCGAAUGAUGGUUCAUGAACCAUGGGCCGAUAUUGAUACUAUGUGUGUAGGCCCCGGCUCUGUAACCCGUGAAGAAUUUUUCAGUGUCGUUUCUUCCGCAUUACAAGGGGAAGAAACCUGUGCUACCGAUGUUAACGUGAUUGACACUGCGUAUAAACGUGGCAUCUACAAAAACGUCACCGGAUAUCUCGGCGGUGUGAACUGCGCGCUCCUCUGCUGCUACGCCUCGCUGCUCUACCCCAACGCCACCGCCUCCGUCGUUCUCUACAACUGCUUUCGCAUCUUCGCCGAAUGGGACUGGCAGAAGCCCGUCCUCGUCAGAGACGUGCAGCUGAACCCGGAGCUCGGCCACGACAAGGACGUGUGGAACCCCAAGGAGAACGAGCGAUGCCAGAACGAUCUGUUCCCGAUCUUGACGCCCUGCUAUCCGUCGCAGAACUCCACGUAUAACGUGAUGGCCAGCACGCGCGAUGUGAUGGUCGCGGAGUUCAAGCGCGCUCGCGACGUCACGCUCUCCAUCUUAAAGGGAGAAACCACCUGGGCGACGUUGUUUAAGGAGUUUCCGUUUUUCACGUCGUACAAGUACUACAUUCAGAUCGAAGUGUCCGCGAAGACGUCGGAGGUGUUCAACAAUUGGUACGGGUUUGUGGAGAGCCAGAUUCGACGAUACACGCGGAUGAUCGAGGGGAACAAGUCGAUCGUGAUCCACGUCUAUCCGACUUCCUUCGAUGUGGUGAGGGAGAGGGGAUCGAGUUAUGUGCAGCCCGAUUCCCCGCUGUGCAAGCAGUUUUACAUCGCGUUUACGCCGCUGGAGGCAGCGAAAGGCAAGCCGCUGGAUCUCUCGCUGGCGACGAGGCAGUUUAAAAACCAUCUGCAGCGCGUAGGACGAAGAGGCGCGGCGUGA